CGCUCUUGCUGUGUCACCUGGGCUAGUUCCGGGAGUCUGUGUAAGUGGAGGAGCCUUACUGGGGGAUCAGGUAUGGCGUCGUACUUUGAUGAACAUAACUGUGAGCCUACAGUGCCGGAGGAGCAGUAUCGCCAGAAUGCCUUGUUAGAGCUGGCAAGGAGUCUCCUCAGUGGGAUGGAUAUUGAUCUUGGGCCCAUGGAUCUUACAGACUGGGACCACAGACUUCCUCCACCAGCUUCCAAAAAGGUGGUAGAAAAUUUGCCAAAAGUCACUGUGACAGCAAAGCAGGCCGAUGCUGCCCUCAAAUGUCCAGUGUGCUUGUUGGAGUUCGAGGAGGGAGAAACAGUGCGGCAGUUGCCUUGUGAACACCUUUUUCAUUCCGCCUGCAUUCUGCCAUGGCUAGGGAAGACUAAUUCCUGCCCCCUCUGCAGAGAUGAGCUACCCACUGACAGCCCAGACUACGAGGAAUACAAACAGGAAAAGGCAAGAAGGAAGCAGAAGGAACACAGGCUAGAGUACCUGCAUGAUGCCAUGUAUACGUGA